GACGCACACAGGCGCUGACAGAGCUCUCCGCUCCCCUCGCUGGCCACAUCUCACUCUCUGUUUUGUGCCCUUGGAGCCCACAGCCUCCCGGCUGUGUGUCUGCGGCGGGUGCUGAGCGGGACUCUGCGGUAAGGUGCGGGCUUCCCGCGUCUGUCUCUGCGGUGCUGCCUCUGCUGCAAGCGAUCUCUCUGCGGAGUGUGAGCACACUGGCCCUGCCUGCAGCGCCCACAUGGAUGUGAAGGAAGCAGAGGAUUUGGGCAGUGCCCAGCCAAUCACCAUCCAGGCCUUUGCUAGUGGUUCUACCCUCCACGGCGUUGCCCACAUCUUCUCAUACGAGCGCUUCUCAUGCCGACGGCUAAUCUGGAUACUGUGUUUCCUUGGAUCUUUGUCUCUUCUGCUGUUUGUGUGCACCGAGAGGAUCGUCUAUUACUUUGAUUACCCACAUGUCACUAAACUGGAUGAGAUUUCAGCUCCCAAGAUGACCUUUCCAGCUGUGACCUUCUGUAACCUCAAUGAGUUCCGCUUCAGCCGUGUGACAAAAAAUGACCUGUACCAUGCCGGGGAGCUUCUGAGUCUGCUAAAUAAUCGCUAUGAGCUCCCUGAUUCUCAGUUGGCAGAUGAGAAAGUUAUGGAAAUCCUGCAUGAGAAGGCUAACUUCCGCAACUUUAAGCCAAAGCCCUUUAAUAUGCGGGAGUUCUAUGACCGAGCUGGACAUGACAUCCGUGACAUGCUUCUAAACUGCAAGUUCCGAGGAGAAGAAUGCAGUGCUGAUGACUUCACUCCGGUGUUUACAAGAUACGGCAAGUGUUACACCUUCAACUCAGGACAAAAUGGACGACCUCCACUAAUUACUACUAAAGGUGGCACAGGGAAUGGCUUAGAGUUAAUGCUGGACAUCCAGCAAGAUGAAUACCUGCCAGUGUGGGGAGAAACAGAUGAGACAUCCUUCGAAGCAGGGAUCAAGGUGCAGAUUCAUAGUCAGGAUGAGCCUCCCUUCAUUGACCAGUUGGGUUUCGGAGUAGCUCCUGGAUUCCAGACAUUUGUAUCUUGCCAAGAGCAACGGCUUGUAUACCUGCCCCCUCCUUGGGGAGACUGUAAAUCCAGUGCCAUGGACUCCGAGUUCUUUGACACGUACAGUAUCUCUGCCUGUCGGAUAGACUGUGAGACACGUUACUUGGUGGAGAACUGUAACUGUCGCAUGGUGCAUAUGCCAGGAGACGCUUCAUACUGUACUCCAGAGCUGUACAAAGAAUGUGCAGAUCCCGCACUUGAUUUCCUGGUGGAGAAAGAUAAUGAAUUCUGUGUAUGUGAAACUCCAUGUAACAUGACUCGAUUUGGCAAGGAGCUGUCCAUGGUGAAAAUCCCCAGCAAAGCUUCAGCACGGUAUCUGGCCAAGAAAUACAACAAGAGCGAGCAGUACAUACUUGAGAAUAUUUUGGUCCUGGAUAUUUUCUUUGAAGCGCUAAACUAUGAAACCAUUGAACAGAAGAAAGCGUAUGAAGUGGCUGGACUUCUGGGUGACAUUGGGGGACAAAUGGGCUUGUUUAUUGGAGCGAGUAUCCUAACGGUUCUGGAGCUUUUUGACUACGCCUAUGAAGUUUUGAGGCACAAGCUUUGUGGGGGCGCUAAAUGUGGAAAGGAUUCAAAACGCAACAACACUGACAAAGGAGUAACAUUAAGUAUGGAUGAUGUUAAGCGCCAUGCUCCCUGUGAGGGUGUGCGAGGUCACCCAACUGGGAUGAGUUACACAGCCAACAUUCUGCCCCACCAUGCGGUGCGUGGAGCAUUCGAGGACUUUACUUGCUGAGACAAUGUGAGAGAUGGAUGGGAGAGCAAAACCUUUGACUGAAAGUAAUCAACAGCAUAA